ACCAAAUAAAAAAAACAGCCGCCAUGGAAGCAGCUCUGAGACUCUUCAAACUAUCGUUCCUUCUUAGCCUUAUCUUGGGAAACUCUGGCGUCAUCGGUUCUCGUACCCUACCCGAUCUCGCUUCUGGCCCAGGUGGGAAGUUUCCGUCGCCGUGUAACCGAAUAGAGUGUCCAACCUACGAGUUGGUCAGCUCCGAAAACGGCUACGAGAUUCGCCGUUACAAUACGUCCGUGUGGAUUUCAACAGAGCCCAUUAAAGACACCUCUCUCGUCAAAGCUUCACGAAACGGUUUUAGCCAAUUGUUUUAUUACAUUCACGGGAAGAACGAUAAAAGCCAGACGAUAGAGAUGACAGCUCCAGUUAUCACUCAAGUCUCUCCGAGCGACGGUCCGUCAAGUGAAUCCAACUUCACUCUAUCAUAUUAUGUUCCUAGAAAAUACCAAGCUGAUCCACCUCCGGCGAAGAACGUACACGUACAGAGAUGGGACACGAGGUAUGUUGCCGUGAAGCAAUUCGACGGAUACGUGUCGGAUGACAAUGCCGCGAAAGAAGCGGCGGAGCUGGAGGAGAGCCUAAAAGGUACCGACUGGGGCAAGGCAAUUGCUAAAAGCCGAGAAACAGGUGGUGUCGGAUUUAGUUCGGCUUACACGGUGGCGCAAUACAACGCACCGUACGAGUUGUUCUUUCGGGUUAAUGAGAUUUGGAUGUCGUUUCAGAUUGACAAAUGAAAGCAAAAACUAUUAAUAACGUUUCUCAGUGAACAAGAAUAAACAGUUUCAUCAUCAGAAAAAGAGUGCACAACCUUGUUGCCGAGACUCAUCUCGUCCUUCCAUUCCAAUUGGGAACUCAAAUCAUCAGAGAAGCUACCACAUUUCAACUCCAAAAUUUAUUACUCUUAAGGAACUUUUAUGACUAUCUAAACCCAUAUACGGAUCUCAUGGUCAUGGCUCCCGAAUCUAGCACGCAAGUAACCCACCCACCCCCCAUGAAGAUUUUAUCACUUUGAGAAACAUAGCCCAUAAGAAAUGGACGUCCGAGUUUCUCGAUCGUUAGUUCACUGUGAAUGAAGACAACAAAAGUGGACAAGAACAAUAAUAUUACAAACUGGCCAUGCGAUGAAGUCCAUGAAGCACUCUUUAGCUUUAUGACCCAAAUUUUAUGUAAGGAGUUAAACAUCAGAAUCUUAUAUGUGUAAAUAAUUUAU